AGAGGCCGGCAUCGGGGAAAAAAAGUACGUGACCGAGUCGGAGGACCAAGCAAUGUCGCAAGGUCACUGUCCUCCGCCGCCCGGAGCAGUACCAGAGGCCCCGGCCUCGGCUGACAGGGUUUCGAAGUCCAACGCUGGACGCAGGAGACCUUUCCCUGCGCCUCAUCGCGUAUAAAACACCUCACGCCGCCCGCCCUGUCUGUGUCAGGGCGCACGCCACCGUCCCCUCCUCGUCUUGUCUUGUCCUGUCCUUAAGUGCCAUGUCCCUGAUGUUCUCCCGCUCACACCCAGUUGCAGUUGGUAAGAAAGAUAAGCGUCUGAUGGCUGAGGUUAAUGCUUCUCCGCUCAAGCACUUUGUUACGGCUAAAAAGAAAAUCAAUGGAAUCUUUGAACAGCUAACAGCCUACAUCAAGGAGAGUGCUGCGUUUCUCAAAGAGACACAUCAGAAUGGAGAGCUGGAUCCCAUCACCACAGAGGAGCAGGUGCUGGAGGUGACAGGUUAUCUCUCAAAGGUCGGAGGGAUCAGUGAAGUACUGGCACGGCGUCACAUGAAAGUAGCAUUUUUUGGCAGGACUAGCAAUGGGAAAAGUAGUGUGAUAAAUGCUAUGCUGUGGGACAAAGUUUUGCCUUCUGGAAUUGGUCACACCACCAACUGUUUCCUACGUGUGGAAGGCUCAGAUGGGAAUGAGGCCUAUCUGCUCACAGAUGGAUCUGAGGAGAAACGAAACAUCAAGACUGUGAAUCAUUUGGCUCAUGCGCUUCACCAGGAUCAACAACUCACUGCGGGUAGUCUCGUGUCCGUCAUGUGGCCAAAGAUGAAAUGCGCUUUGUUGCGAGAUGAUCUGGUGCUAAUGGACAGCCCUGGGAUUGAUGUAACCACAGAGCUGGACAGCUGGAUUGAUAAAUUUUGCCUAGAUGCUGAUGUUUUUGUGUUGGUGGCAAACUCUGAGUCAACAUUAAUGCAAACGGAGAAGCAGUUCUUUCACAAAGUCAACGAACGAUUGUCACAACCCAACAUUUUUAUCCUCAAUAACCGCUGGGAUGCAUCUGCAUCAGAACCUGAGUACAUGGAGGAGGUGCGCCGGCAGCAUAUGGAUCGCUGCACCAGUUUCCUGGUGGACGAGUUGGGAGUAGUGAAUCGGGCUCAGGCCACAGAUCGCAUAUUCUUUGUAUCAGCCAAAGAGGUUUUGAAUGCUCGCAUCCAGAAAGCACAGGGGAUGCCAGAAGGAGGUGGAGCACUGGCUGAGGGCUUCCAGGCAAGAAUGUUCGAAUUCCAGAACUUUGAGCGACGGUUUGAGGAAUGUAUCUCGCAGUCAGCAGUGAAGACUAAGUUUGAACAACACACAGUCCGUGCCAAGCAAAUCUCUGAGGCCCUUCGGCGAAUCAUGGAUUCUGUGCAUGUUGCUGCCACAGAGCAGAGGGUACAUUGCCUGAAACAGAGAGAAGAACGAAUGGAUCGAUUGGAGUUUAUAGACAAUCAACUGGAUUUAUUAACCCAGGACUGUAAAGCUAAAAUGAAACAGAUCACUGAGGAGGUGGAGCGGCAGGUCUCGAAUGCAAUGGCAGAAGAAAUCCGCCAUCUUGCCACAUUGGUGGAUGAUUUUCAGAUGGAUUUUCACCCCUCUCUGGUGGUGCUUAGAGUCUACAAGAGUGAGCUUCACAAACACAUUGAGGAAGGACUUGGGCGCAACAUGUCUGAUCGUUGCUCUGUCACCAUUACAGCCAGCCUGCAAAAAACACAACAGGAAAUGAUCGACAGCCUGCGGCCCCUACUACCACCUACAGAAAGAGGUCAGGUAGAUGUGUUGGUACCUCGUCAGCGUUUUAGUCUCAGUUAUGACCUAAACUGUGAUCGACUCUGUGCUGACUUCCAAGAGGACAUAGAUUUCCACUUCUCACUUGGGUGGACAAUGCUCAUCAAUCGCUUCCUUGGCCCAAAGAGCAGUCGCAGAGCACUAACAGGAUACAAUGACCAGGUGCCACGGCAACUACCCAUUACGCCAGUCAGCACCAGUUUACCACCCUUACCCCAGGGUUCCAUGACCCAGGAAGAACUCAUGGUUUCCAUGAUAACAGGAUUGGCUUCAUUAACUUCGCGGACAUCUAUGGGAAUUAUCGUGGUUGGGGGUGUGGUGUGGAAAGCAGUGGGCUGGCGGCUGAUUGCAUUGACUGUGGGAAUGUAUGGCCUCCUGUAUGUGUAUGAGCGUCUGACGUGGACAACCAGAGCCAAAGAAAGAGCUUUCAAACGUCAACUUGUGGAUUACGCUACUGAGAAACUACAGCUCAUUGUCGGCUACACUGGAUCCAACUGCAGCCAUCAGGUGCAACAGGAGCUGACAGGAACAUUCGCUCAGUUGUGUCAGCAGGUGGAUGUAACACGGCAGAACCUCGAUGAGGAAAUUAAAGACUUAAAUAAGAAGAUUGAACUGCUGGAUUCAUUGCAGAGCAAAGCCAAGCUGCUCAGGAAUAAGGCUGGCUGGCUGGACAGUGAGCUGAACAUGUUCACUCACCAGUACCUGGAGCAGAGCAGAUGAGAGUAACUAAUUUCGUACAAGAUUGAGAGAUGUUUCCUGUAUCUGAAACACAGAUCCAACACUAACUACUGUGCUGGGGGAGGUUGGGGGUAUUGUUGGAAUAUUAUUUUUUCCUCUCAGAAUAGUUUAUACACAUUUGAGAAUUGAUUUAAAACUGGGACUGAACUAAUGGUAUUGAUUCAAUGAUCAGUGUUUGACUUUUUACACAUGAUGCAUCACAAGUCAGAAGGAGACCACCUUCCUUGUCAUGAAUCAGCUCAGGCUUAUUGAUUUGCACUUGGCACACGGAACUUGUCUCCUUGAUCUUUUGUAGUCUUGAGGUCCAUGAUCCCAAGUGACCUGUGGAAUACUCCACUUGUGAUCCACAGACCACUUUUUAACUACAGCAAAAUAUUGGACCUUUGUACAGCUGAGAAAUGGUGAAACAUUUGUAUUUUGACUGGAGAAAAAAAUAAGUUCCUUAGGAAUGAAAAAAUCAUGAUCCUGUUCCCAAACCCUUCCCCAAAUUCACAAUCUGUGUUGUCACAAACUUCUUGAUAAGAUUCUGGCCUGUAAAUUUGAGUCCCUUUGGUCAGAUUCCAGCCUGUGACACACUCUGAGUACCUCUUAUUCUAGAUUGUUUAAAUUGUUUGUGCCCUGAAUUGAAUCUUUAGUGAGUUUUGUUUGGAUAAAAAGUGGGCAGCAAGCCUGAGCUGAAUGUAGUCCUAGUAUGUAAUGUUCUCAGUCUGUCAAUCAGCCUUGCAGAGAAGCAAGCCAGUAAGAAAAGGAGAACUGAAAUUCAAAUCUGAAUGGACUUGGGUACUGAGCUUACAUGUAAACGUGGGAAAGAUUUUUGCUGAAUGGGAAAACAAUUGCCUGUAAUUUAAUUAACUGUAUUGGUGGGUGGUAAAGAAGAAUUCCAUUGUGCCUAUCUGGUUAUUAGUAAAGAGAGUAUAAUUAAUUCCGAUUUAGUGCUGAUAGUGGGGUUUGGGUGGAUAAAAAGAAUAGCUUUUCCUCGUUCUCAUAUCAGACCUUCAGUCCAACUUGGAGGAGUAUUUAAUUGGAAUCAUGUGUAAGAUAGUAUACAGGAUGCAUUUGCAUUUCAUGAGUCACAUUUAUGAAAAGUGGGAUAUUUGCAUGUAGAUGUAAAAACCAAGAAUGUUGAACACUGCAGAUCCUGUGUGUGUAGAUUGUCUGUGUAAUGCAGUGUGAAGUAUUUUUUAUUGGUGUGAUAGCUACAUCUUUUACAUUGACUGCAAACACUGUCCCAAAGGAUGAGCAUUCAAAACCCUAGAUCUCUGCUGUGUUGUUUUCAUGGUGAUCUUGAUGUACCCAGUUUUAUUGAUGGAGGAAACUCUUUACCCUGAAUACUGGCAAAUUCUGCGCUUUAAAUUUUGUAAUAUAUGGGAGCGUUAAGAGCUGUGAUUAUUCUGAACCUGUCAAUUUUCACUGAUGACAAAUACUUUAUAAAUGCAUCAUGGACAACAGAUUUGAAUUUUGAUCAUGUACCCAGACUGUAACACUGAAUCUUUCUUCUGGUUACAUGGGCAGAAAUAUGAGUAUUUAAUAUUUUUAAAGUAGCUAUUUUGAGUUCAGCCAUUACUUUGAGGCUUGUAUUCAAAGUUUGAAGAAUUUAAAUAAAUCAUAAAAUGUAAGAACUGAAAAUUCUGAAAGUACACUUUGUUAGCAUCUCAGAGAAAAGAUGGGUUAAUUAUUGAAAUAUUAAGCUACUUAUCUUUCAGAUGCAAGUCACGUUGCUGUCCACUUCACUAAAGAAUGAAGUGAGGAAUCCAGGUUGAGGUUUGUUCCAGCUGUGUGAAGUUUGAGUAGUUGCACUGAAUAAAAAUGUGAGGCAGAUGAUUAGAGCUGUACAUAACAAGGCACCAGAAUUGGUUUAAAUCUCAGUACUUUUGGUCAUUCAUAUGCAGUUGGUUUUAGUUUUGAAAAAAAUUUAAAUGCACUAUUUCUGCUGCUCAUGAUUGCAAAGCUUCCACUAUUAUUCUUGUCAUGACUGGGACUGAACUUGUUUAAAGUACUGGACAAAAUAAAUUCAUUUGAAAAAGUU